CAUUGAUCGAAAUCAUUGAAAGAUUCAUUCGACUUUUGAUUUACAAUCUUAUAACUGUUUUUUGAUUUUUUUUUUGUUUUUAAAAUAUUGAUUUUGUUCCAAAUUUUCAACGAAAAACUAAACCAAACCAAACCAAUAAUGGAUACUGAACGUGAACUUACUCAAGUAAUUAUACAGGCAAGACGUUUACCAUGUGAACAAUUUGAAUCAUGUAAAGAUUGGACAAAAGAAGAAAUCGCACGUGCAAAAAAAAUGUAUCAAAAAAUUGAUCGUCUUCAAUCAUCACCAAAAAUUUCAUCAAAAUUAUUUAAUGAAGCACGUGAUUGUUGUGAUAUGUUAUCCCAAUAUAUACGUAAAUUAGAAAUUCAUUUAUCAUCAUCAAAUGGACAUACAUUCAAUUCAUUUGUUGAUUUGGGUACAGCAAACAAAGCAGCAGCAAUCUUUUGAAAUCCAAA